AUGAUACAAAAAGAUAUUUUGAAGAACGUAAAAGAAUCUAAGCAUUUUUCCAUCAUAUUAGACUGCACACCAGAUGCAAGCCAUACAGAACAAAUAACAGUAAUAUUAAGGGAUGCUUAUCUAAAUCACAUAGACAAGAAAUUAGAUAUAUGUGAACAUUUCCUUGGUUUCUGCCCAAUUAUCAGUUUAAAUGGUGAGGGUUUGUUACAUUUCGUUUUGAAUUUAUUUUCUGAAUUGAUCCUGGACAUUCAAAAUUUGCGCGGACAAGCUUAUGAUAAUGGCUCUAACAUGCUUGGAAAACACAGCGGACUAUGGUCUAGCAGAAUUGAAGCAAUCAAUCCCUUACGGUUCUACACAGAAAAUGUAUUUGAUGCUCUGUUGGAAAUAUCGGAAGCUGCUUCUAGUUGGGACUGUACGACCAAUCUCAGAGCGAAGUCACUUGCUUUAAAAAUUCAACAUUAUAAAUUCAUUUGCUCUGUUGUAAUCUGA